ACUGUCGUAUCUCGUUGUCACGCGGCGAUAACGAAUACUCCGAUACGCGCGAUUCGCGGUCCGUAUAAAGAAACACGGAACACCGUGCGCCCAGCGCAGUGACCACCUGGACCACCGUCCUCGCCGAUUCCGCGGGCCUGACGCUGUCUCUCCGUGUUUACACCCGAGGACUACGUCGACGCAGCCGCGCGACCGUGGCCAGGCCAGCGACGCUUCAGCACACAACAAACACCUGCGAGCGAGCAACAUGGCGGCGGAGUGCAGCCGCGCGAACUCAAACCCGCACUUUUGGCGAUCCAGCGAGACUCUGAAAGUGCCGAUGUCCCUUUUUCGCAAUAAUCGCGAACGACUGCUCUCACGUCUCCGUGCGCACGGUGAAAUCAUUAUCCAGAACAGUUUCGUCGUUCUCCAAGGUGGCACAGAGAUUCCCUUCAACGAAACGGACAUAAAUUGGCCCUUCAGACAGGAGUCGUUCUUUCAAUGGUGCUUCGGCGUGGAGGAGCCCGACUGUUACGGCGCUAUCGACAUGGAGACCGGUACCUCGAUCCUCUUCGUGCCGAGGCUGUCGAAGGAGUACGCGAUUUGGCAGGGCAAGGUGCACACUCUCGAGGACUUCAAGGAGCGAUACGGCGUGGACGAGACUGAUUACACCGACCAGAUUGCGGCCGUGUUGCAUAAAAAGGGAGCGAAAAUCUUGCUCACGCUGAUGAUAAUCUCGAGCCGGGGAAGUAUCUCUGCGAGAGCGUUCGCGCGACCGUGCGGCUUGAUUUCCAAAUUUAAAAAGAGAUGGUUCGAAUCAAACGCGCGCGAUCACGAUGGGACACUGCUGACGCGGACGAAUAUCUUCGUGCAGGAGGGUGCGCGCAUACAUGAAGUUCCCUUGAUAGUCAAGAGGAUCACCAGCAUCGAGGCUCUCCUCAAAUUAAGCCGGAGGACCGUUAAGUCGUCAAAUAGAAAUAAGAAACCCGCGAUAAUUCAGAAGGAGAGUGUCCCUCGUUCCGUCGACACGAGCGCGAUGAAGAACGGGCCGUUAAAGCACGCUAUCAGCAUAGAGACCGACGAGGGUACGGCGAUACUCUACUGCUCCGACGUCGAGAAUUUGAAAAACAAAGACGUGGAGCAGGUGCUGGGUGCGACGAACUCGCGGAACACGAGUAAGAAAGUUCCCUCCUCCCUGGAGAACAAGCUCGCCGACGAGAUAAACUGCCGGAUAGCGCUCCAAAGUUUGCGAAAGAUGAUAGAGCUGGAGAGCGAGUGGCACCGGAGAACCACGUCGAACGCUCGUCCGUCCGCGAAGGUAAUCAACAGAGACGUCAUUCUGCAACAACUCGUGGGUCUGAUCGCCAAGAGCCAGGACAGCGAGACGAUAUUGCAGGGGCUGAGGGCACUGAAGAGGGACAGAUUCAGCCCCGCGGCAAAUAUUUACAAGGACCGAAUGUGCAACGAAGUCAUGAUCAGAGCCACGGACGGCGAGCUUACCGUGUCGCAGCUAAUCAGAGCGGUGAGAAUUCUGGCGAAUUACGGAAGCUCCAGGUAUAGAAGCUGCAUAGACGCGCUGUGGGUAGGCCUGGCGUGCAGGGAGCAGGACGUCAAACCGGAUCUACUGGUGCCGUUAUUCAGAUCGCUGAAAUACUUCCAGCAAAGUAAGAGUAUGGUGCAGUUCAUUUUGGAGAAGAAACUGUCGGAGCAGUGGCUGAAGUUGACCGGCUCGCAGAUGGCCAGUAUACUGAACUGCCUGUACGGGAAAGAGUCCACGCCGCAGGGAUGUCUGUCGAGCGCCAGCAAGUGGGCGAGCGUGAGCAUGACCACGUCCACGGAGAAGGAUCUCGUCAAUUUUAUCGGCGGCUUGCACACGAAGAGGUACGUCGACGAAACGAUAGAGCAAGCGUUGGCGAGAUACGCGACGAGCAAGGGCACCGAGAUGAAAGAUCCUAACUUAAUCGCCUCCAUCAUGGAUUACUGCAAAGAUCUGCGAGUGAGAAAUCCGUACGUUCUCACGGAGUGUGGAAAAUAUUUCAUGAGACACGGGAUGGAAAUUCCGCCCACGUUACUGUCCCCCAUUCUCGUGCCGUUUGGAUUAUUGAAUCUACCGCCGCCGGAUCCGGCCGAGUUCUGGAGGACAUUCGACGAGGUGAUGUCCGUGAGAUUCUCGGAUUUGAAGCUGAACGACGCUCUGGAUAUUCUUCUGUCCUGCACGUAUCUCGAGAGAUUUCCCAUUAAGCUUCUGGACAAAGUCUUCAGUACGUAUCUCAUGAACAGGCUGCAAACGCAACGGGACACGCCUAUCGUCAAUCGCUUGAAAGACAAAUUGAAACUAUUCGACGCGACCAUGUCGUUGGAGUGCAAGGAUUAUCGCGGCAGCCCGAUUAAUCUGGACAGAAACACGAGGUCGUUGAAUUUGGACACGAGAAUCCAGGGUAUUGUUAAUAAAAUAUACAAACCGCUGGCGCACUUGGUUGGCGGCGAGCACAAGUUGAGCAGAGGCGUGGUUUUGAGCAGGCUGCCGCUUAUAAACUUCUACAUUUUGGACAUUCUGAUACAUCCGCUCUCAAAGUCGGCGCCGGUGUUCAACUUGAAUCUGCAUAAAAAGCGAAACGUCAAUACCGCGAUUCUAAUCCAUUUGCCCGAAUACUAUUGCUGGAACACGCGGUUCUUAGUAGGGCCGCAGGUAAUGAGAAAACGUCAAGUUAGGAAAUUGGGUUUCCGAGUUGCACAUUUAGAUUAUGCGAGGCUGGCAGAGCUCGUAGAUCAGGACGACAAAUUGUUACCCUAUUUGUCACAAAGUCUGGACGCCGCCGAAGACGCUUUAUAAAUCGUUUCGCGUGUGACCGCGCGUGUAUUUUACGCGAUGUAAAAAUUCACAGAUAAAAACUGCAUUGAUGAAAUGCAAUAACUAAUACAUGUUUUUUUAAUAAAUAUAAUAAAGCAUUGUACUCUAAAUGAAAUAAAUAUUUAGAUGAA